GAGGAGAAAGAAGCAUCCCAGGUCAUCCUUUAAUCAGCUGUUGGCAAUGUUUUCGGGACCUUUGGGCAAACUCUGCUCGGUGAUGCCAAGUAUAUGAAAUAACACAUUGCCACGAGGAAUGGGGACUACACAGGAGAAGGAACACCCCUCAAGACGUUAAUCCUUUUCUCCGAGCCCCAUGAAUGCAUUCCAAGUUGCUUCUCUGCGUCGAACUUUACGGCUUAGAAAGUAACAUGCUGCUCUUGUGGUAUGUGGAGAUGCCAGAGGUAGCGAGGCUAUUCAUUUGUUCUGCUGAAUAGGAGAGCUGCAGGAACAAUGGCUUCAAAAGUCUCCUGUUUGUAUGUCUUGACGGUCGUUUGCUGGGCAAGUGCUCUAUGGUACUUAAGUAUAACACGACCCACUUCGUCCUACACAGUCCACAAAAGUUUCCGCACCAUCUCAAUAGCUAGAAAGAAUGUCUCCUUCGGCAAUAUAAGGACUCGGCCAAUCAAUCCUCACUCGUUUGAUUUCCUCAUAAACGAGCCGGAGAAGUGUGAAAAGAAUGCCCCCUUCCUGGUCAUUCUCAUCAGCACCACACACAAAGAAUUUGAUGCCAGGCAAGCCAUUCGGGAGACGUGGGGAGACGAGAACAACUUCAAAGGUAUUAAGAUUUCCACUCUCUUUCUCCUGGGGAAAAACACAGACCCAGUGUUAAAUCAGAUGGUGGAGCAGGAAAGUCAAAUCUUCCAUGACAUCAUCGUGGAGGAUUUCAUCGACUCCUAUCACAACCUGACUCUGAAGACGUUGAUGGGAAUGAGGUGGGUGGCGACGUUUUGUUCGAAAGCCAAAUACAUCAUGAAAACGGACAGCGACAUCUUCGUGAAUAUGGACAACCUCAUUUACAAAUUGCUAAAACCCAAUACCAAGCCAAGGCGGAGAUACUUCACUGGCUACGUCAUCAACGGAGGCCCGAUAAGAGAUGUCCGUAGCAAGUGGUACAUGCCUAGGGACUUGUACCCUGACAGUAACUACCCGCCAUUUUGCUCGGGCACUGGCUACAUCUUUUCAGCGGAUGUAGCGGAGAUGAUUUACAAAACCUCCCUCCACACAAGACUUCUUCAUCUUGAAGAUGUGUACGUGGGACUCUGCCUGCGGAAGCUGGGCAUCCACCCUUUUCAAAACAGUGGCUUUAAUCACUGGAAGAUGGCCUACAGCCUAUGUAGAUACCGGCGCGUUAUCACAGUGCAUCAGAUAUCACCUGAGGAAAUGCACAGAAUUUGGAAUGACAUGUCAAGCAAGAAGCACCUCAGGUGUUAGGACAUUUUGCAGAUGUAAAUGCUUUUUUGUAAAAAAAAAAACACAAAAAAAUUAAUUGAGUAGAGAGUAAAUGGAUGUCUUUUGAUUGGAAAAUGGGAUGCUAACUUCCAGGAGGGGAAGAUCUUCUGUGUUUUUUGUUUUGUUUUUGUUCUUCUUUACGGCUUUGAUUUCUAGUUUACAAACCACAUAACGUAGUUGUCAAAAAAGGUAGGAUCACAUCUGUCUUGGCCAGUCUCAUAACUGCAUAAAGGGGACAAAUGACUGCUAGAUGCUGAGUGACACCUCCAGAAUAGGAACCCUCCUCUAAGGCAAGGGUAGGCAAUCUGAAAGACUAAGAAUCCUAGCUCUUUCAUUUCUUGAUCUCAUGCUCACUGAAAUGGAUUUGAAUGGGGAAAGCUAAGCAGUUUUAUUAUGGUCUUCUAUUUCAAAUUAGCCUCUCCUUCCCCUAAAUACUAGUGGCCUCCUGACCUGAAGUAGAACAAGGGGCUGUGGUUGAAAGAACAAGAAAAAUCAGGAGUCUCUCUCCAUGCAGAGGAUUCUUUGGAAGCAAGUGUUUAAUCCCACCUACCUGGGAGUAAGCCUUACUGGAUUCCAGUGGACUUACUUCUGAGUAGACAUGCAUUGUUAGAGAUUAAAACACAGACCCCAAAAUAGGAUGGCGCGGGGUUUUUAUUUUUUG